AUGUUGCCCAUUAUUGAACAUUUUUGCGCCAUAAUUUAUUACAACUUUCAGAGACAAUUAUCGCAACAAGAAUGCCUUGAGUUACUUCUUAGCGACGAUCCCAGGGUGGGUGCACCAAAAACGGCAGUCACCCAGGAAAACGUCGAUGCUGUGCGCAAACUCAUCAUUGAAGAUAGACAUGUGACAUAUCGCGAGAUUGAGGCGUCCUUGAAGAUCUCAAAGACCUCAAUUCAAAUAAUUUUAAAUGCAGAAUUAGGAGUAAGAAAAUUAGUUUCUCGUUGGAUACCCCACCUGUUAACUAAAAAGCGGAAAGCAGCCAGGGAUAAUUGGUGUCAAAAAACGCUUGACCGUUUCAAUUCCGGAAACUCAAAAAAUGUGUACAGCAUUGUUAGUGUCAUCACCGAGCUUCGAAAAAUCAACCCCGAAAGAAGAAUCACCCUCCACCAAGACAAUGCAUGCUCCCACACAGCCCAAAAAACAAGGCAGUAUUUAACGGAAGAAAACGUGGAAUUAUUGGACCAUCCUCCAUAUAGUCCCGAUGUAAGUCUUAACGAUUUCUUUACUUUUCCGAAAAUUAAAAACAGACUGCGUGGUCAAAGGUUCCAAUCACCAGACGCAUUCAAAAAUGCCGUUUUGGAUCUGCCAGCAAACGAGUGGAAUAAAUGCUUCGAAAAUUGGUUCGAGCGCAUGCAGAUGUGUAUUAAUCUUCGUGGAGAAUACUUCGAAAAACAAUAAAGUCAUUUAAAACUACCUACCGUCUCGUUUUAUUUCCAUAUGCAAAACUUUAAAGACAUCCCUCGUAAU